AUGCCUGUUCGGGACGUCGUCUCCUGGAACACCAUGCUGGUCGGAUUUGGAGACUCUGGAAACUUGAUCGCUGCGAGGGAGGCUCACGCUAAAACUCCACAGCACAAUGUGGUGUCCUGCAACGCCAUGCUCCAUGCGUUUGCUCAGGACGAAACCGUGCUCGACGCCGAGAGGAGCUUUGAAUCGAUGGUCGAGAGGAACCACAUAAGCUGGAACAGCCUCCUCCAUGCAUACGUGAUCGCAAAGAAGCUGGACAUUCCUUGCCGAGUGUUCUUCAUAAUCCCUCAGUGGUGCGUAAACUCCUGGACGUCGAUGCUGGUUGGAUUCUACCAGGCUGGUGAUCUUGAGACGGCCAGCAUCUGGUUCGAGCGGAUGCUGGAUCGAAACGUUGUCUCUUGGAACGUGAUGAUCUGUGCCAACGCUCGCAGCGGCGAUGCUCACCAAGCUCUCCGGUUGCUCAAGCUGAUUCUCCUGAUGCCGCCACCUGUUCUGUCACUGAAUCCCUGUGCUGCCAUCCCUGAUCUUGCGCAGGGCAAGUUGAUCCACUCCACGAUUCCAGGAAAGAUUUUCUUGUCGGACAUCAGAACAUCAGCAUGUAUGGCAAUUUGGUCGUGUGGAUCAAGCGAUGGAGGUUUUUGCAAGGAUGAGAGCAUGAUUUGGUCACCUGGAACAGCAUGGUGUCGAAUGCUCAGACUGGGCAUACACUCCAAGUGCUCAAGUUCCACAAAACCAUGGAACUCCACGGGAUUUUCUCCAACGUGGUUACCUUUGUCAGUGUUCUCACAGCCUGCAGCCAUUCCUCCAUUGGCAACCGUCAGAUCGAGUCAGUUUCUCUACGAGAACGUGGCUGACAACUGCCAGGCACGACCUCGCUCGUUCCCUCCAGAACGUGCUCGCCGGGCUAAUGCUUGGCUCACCCGUUCUGGGUGGGAAUGUGCUUGCCCUACCCGGGAGCUGCCUCUUAACAGGCUGUGGCGAAACCAUUAA